AUGAAGAUGAAGCUCACACAGUCACUGCUUUCAAAGCGUAAUUAUUGUGAUCUCUUGGCAUUGAGCCUUAAGUCAAAAGUCAUUGGUUGCAUAUUUCCGGCUGGCUGCUUCAGUGUAGACAUCUGUGAAGAUAAAUUUUCAGCACAUUUCUGGUGCUGUUAUGAUAUACUAAAGAGCGUUACUAGCAAUCUUGCUUCACUCCUCAGGAUAACAGCAUUGAACGUGAAGCACAGCUGCUGGAUUUCUGCACUGGAUAGCUGCUGCCUGCAGAGUGUGGGCUGCUGUUUUCUUAUUCUGCACUGGUUUAAUUUAACUGCUGUUUUUUCCUCUGCACUGGUUUUUCUGUACUGGGUAGCUGCUGGAUUUCUGUACUGGAUAGCUGCUGCCAGCAGUGGAGCAUCAACAGCUAAUGCAGCAACUCAAGAAGCUGUGGUGGAAGAUGCUGUCAAAGCUAAAUGGUUUGGUUGCUGCAGAAUUUUGUUUAUGUGUAAUAGUAAAAGAGUAGCUCAAGUCUGUAAUUUUAGUUGCACACCAAGUUGGCAGGAAAAAAUUAUGGUUGCUGACAUCUCAAACUUGAUGCAAAAUUUCAACAAUAUAAAUGAAAAUGGAUAUGUUCCAUUUAAUAAGUGAUCAUCCUAUUAUUGUUUCCUUGA